AUGGGCCAGUUUGGGCGCCUGCGAAGCGCCUGGCGCUGCACCCCUGCGGAAGGUAUACCCCGCCUCUUGUCUUCAGCCGAAGCGAAGCCGCCCGCCACGCAGCCCCGGGGUCAAUCGCUCAAGGACUACACGUCUUUGUGCAACGACUAUGACUCGAAGGACGCAAAAGGGAGGACGCUGAUCCGAAGCCAUGUGGAUGGCAACACCUGGUUCAAGUUGAAGGGGUCCGCCGUAGGCGCCAGCCUUCGCCAAGUCGCUCGACCUCGGUAAUGAAAGUCGUUACGCUCGUCCCGGGUUCGUAUCGCAAGUUCCAAUAGGCCCUGACCGUCUUGGUUCCCACGAAGGGAACCGAGUUCUUGUCAUACAUUUUGACCAGGUCGGUCCAGACUUGACGAAGGCUGGCGCCUACGGCGGACCCCUUCAACUUGAACCAGGUGUUGCCAUCCACAUGGCUUCGGAUCAGCGUCCUCCCUUUUGCGUCCUUCGAGUCAUAGUCGUUGCACAAAGACGUGUAGUCUUUGAGCGAAGCCUUCGUCAAGUCUGGACCGACCUGGUCAAAAUGUAUGACAAGAACUCGGUUCCCUUCGUGGGAACCAAGACGGUCAGAGCCUAUUGGAACUUGCGAUACGAACCCGGGACGAGCGUAACGACUUUCAUUACCGAGGUCGAGCGACUUGGCGAGUUGUGCAACCGCCAAAAGAUUGCGUUCUGGUUGCAACAACUAAACAUCGACCGGGACGAGCUCGACGGCAUCUACGGUACGAUCAUAUCCGCCCUAGGACAAGAACGCGGUGAAGCGCUGCGAGAAAUGAUCUUACACGUCGACACCUUCGCCGUCAAAACAGUACUCACGGAGCAGCUGCCCGAGAAGUACACCUUCGCGUUCCGCGAAGAGAAGAACAUCGAUGUAUUCUGCGAAAAGGUCAGGAACGCCUACGAGGAGGACGUCGUCAUGAACGGUGCCGACGUCAGCCCACGCGCCGAGCAACCGGCCAGCGCGUUUUCCGCGUCGCGCCAAGAAACUGCCCAGGCCCAGGCACCGUCUUGCAACGGGAACUGCGCUUGUGGCAAUCAAAACCACGUCUUCGCUGCGAUGGGACAAAGCGGAAGCCAAGCCGGACCCGCCAGGAACAGCCACUGCUCGAUGGGCAACCAUCGUAGUAGAGGAGCCACGAAGAGUUGUGCGGAGCAUUACGCUAACGCGGAGAAAUGGGGAAGAAUCGUCGAUGGGAAGUUCGUCUGCGCGAACAAUCAAUGCCUCAACUGUUUCGGGUUCGGCCACCGCAAGGCCGGCUGUACCUUGAAGGACCUGGCGGGAGACAGGAUGCGAUACCUUCAGUCGCUCCAAAUGAACGUCCCGUUGCAAGGCCACGCGUUCUACUUCGUGGAAGAUCCUAUCCCGAUGAGCCUUGCCGACCGAAUGGAUACCUCGUACCAUUUCACAAACUACGUGUCGGAAGUCAACGAGCAGACAGUAUUCCGCGUGACCACCUCCAAGGAGAACCUUGAGCUCAUCUUUGAUACUGGAGCCACCACGUCUCUCGUCAACGAUAAGUCGCUGCUUUGCGAUUACGAAGAAUUGGACUCCCCUACCGUGAUGGUCGAUGCGACGGGGAACCGCACUCCGGCAAUCGGGCGAGGUACGCUCAAGGCCGAGUUCAAGCUCGCCGACGGCACAGUGUCCAACAUGUCAAUCGCUCGCGUCCUGCACGUUCCGGGAUUCGUUGUCAACCUCAUCUCGGGACCAUCACUUUGCAAGCAAGGCGUACGCAUCGAGAUGGAACACGAUCGUUGCAAGUUCGUCCAAAAUGACAAGACGUUCGCGAUCGCCAAGCUCGUCGGCUCGAAAUACAUCUUCCAGGCUCGUCUCUAUACUCGCGACCCAGUUGAAGCCCACACGCUGACGGUCUCCGAACGUUCCAACUCCGCAGAUCGCGAAAUUUGGCAUCAACGAUUCGGUUAUUUGAAUCUGCCCUAUCUGCUGGAGAUGGAUCGGAAAGGGACUGUCAUGGGUUUGAACAUAAAAGGGGGGGAUUUUGACGUAGCUCAAUGCGCGGGUUGCAUGCAAGGAAGAGGUUUUCAUGCCAACAUUCCUAAGGGCCCUGCUUCUCGCGCCGACAAGCCACUUCACACGAUUCACGCCGAUAUCUGGGGUCCCGUUCGUCACGAGAGUGUAAGUCUCUGACCACUCUGUUCUCUGUUCAUUGGAGUGAGUCGUGGUCAUCAUCAGGUCAGCUCCUUAGUCGUGGUCAUCAUCAGAGAACAAUCCGUAACACGUCUUGGCACAGUCGCGCUGACCCGGGCAACACCGCUCCUAUCUAGGCUACAUUAGUGUACGCACAGCCGAUGCUAUGCUAGGACCAAGGUGAUUCGCGCCCUAAGCGGGAGCGACCGUGUCAGAUUUGAGUGUCUCAUGGAUCCCGGACUUCCGGGCUCAACGCCCGUGUCCGGCCUACUAGCGGUGAUGGACUUCGAGAAGGCUUACGAUCGUCUUUCCCAUACGUACCUUGAUGCAGUCCUCUGCGCUGUUGGCCUCGGUCCCAAAGCCCGCAAAUGGUACCGAGCGACGUACACCAACCAAUCUGCCUCGAUCUUCCUUAACGGUUGGCUCUCGGCCGCUUUCGACGCCCUGUCGGGUGUUCGGCAAGGCGAUCCUCUGGCUCCGUCUCUCUUCGUUCUGGCGAUCGAGGGUUUCGCCUGUCAGAUUCGAUUGAGGGUCAAGGGUAUCGCGAGCCCGAGCCUCCAAACGAUUCGAGAACUCCUCUUUGCCGACGACGCUUGCUGCGCGCUCCAUAACCUCUCGGACCUCUGUCAGAACCCAAUCAUACUGAUUCUCUUCUAAUUCUAUUUACUUCUCAUGCCACUAUUCCACUCCUACUUUGCACUCCUUCUUUAGCCUAUUACCCUCUACGCCGGAUCCCAGCGCCUGAUCGAGACUCGGUUGACACGUUGGCUUGGGUUGAAGUCGCGCGCCUCGCGGGCACUCGUCUCUCUUCCUUCUUCAUCCAUCUUCCAUCCUCGAUCUUGCGCUCGUACUCAACCCCUUGAGUCGGGAUCCAGGUCAGUCCCUUUGCAAUGCUUGAUCCAUCUUCCAUCCUCGAUCUUGCGCUCGUACUCAACCCCUUGAGUCGGGAUCCAGGUCAGUCCCUUUGCAAUGCUUGAUCCAUCUUCCAUCCUCGAUCUUGCGCUCGUACUCAACCCCUUGAGUCGGGAUCCAGUCCUCCAUACUUCUCAUAACCUCGACCAUCUCAAUCGGGCGAUCGAGCUGUACGAACGGGCAAGUGCCACCAAGCUCAGCAACGCCAAAUCGUUCCUCUACCCCCUUGGAUCGUUUAGGGAUCGGCCGAUCGCCCCAGGCCUCGGGACCUGGCGUCUCAGCGACUCGCAGUUUCGCUACCUUGGUAUCCAGGUCGGGGUGGAGAUCGCCGAGGAUGCGGGUUGGGAGGAGGUCAAGUCCUCGACCAUCGCUCGUAUACGCUCUAUCCCGAUGUACGAUAUUCCUUACGCAGCCAAAUGUUCAAUCAUGAACAUCUACUGCUACACGAAGAUCCUCUUCUACAGCCGAUUCCUCCCGGCUCCCAGGAGCGAUGUCCAGGAAAUUGAGGAUGCGGCCAUGCUCGCCAUUCACGGUCGAGCGUCGGAUGGUACUCAGCGACGUCCGAAGGUCUCUCGGUCGCGCCUCUGCACCCCUCUCGAUCACGGCGGCUUCGGUUUGAUUGAUCUGCCUCGGCGCCUAGCGAUCGAUCACGCCAAGUGGGUCUUCCAGCUCCGGGCCCCAGACGGCUGUUUCACCCGCCACCUCUUCGACAUCCGCAUUCGCCUCCAGGCGGCGAACCAGCGCACCUCCUUUACCUUGUCCAGGCCGGUCCCCAACCAGCAUCGUCGCCCAUGGGUCUAGAUCUGGUGGGCAUACUUUUGUCACCCUUCCCCAAAGUGGGACCACGCGGUGAGAAAGACGAGGAAACUUCUCCCUCAACGUUGGAUCCGCUACUUCGAAGCCUGGGCGUCGGUGACAACGCUCAAUCCUCCCGAACUUUCCAAGAGCCAGAACCUCGAGCGAUGGGUGACACACGUUCUCUUCUUCCCGGCGGGCCACGGAAUCCAACUCUCGGUGAACCCGACGCUCUUUCGAGGGCCCGAUGGCGAGGUGAUGACUCCGUCUUCGUUUGUGAACGCGUCCAAACGCCACCACGCUUUCCUGUACCCUCCUAUCCUCCCCAAUAGACACCAGAAGGUUUUCUCUCUGCCCGAACAACGUUGGAAUGCAUGGUGGAAGGCCUUGCGCAAGGUUCGCAGGUUCACUCGGACGUUGAGGAUAGUGCCCAUCUCCUCUCCUUGGGAUCCCUCCAUCCAGGUAGCCAAGUUGCAUCUCCAAACAGCCCACACCCCAACAAUCGAUCUGCCUCCUGUGUGA